GGAGGAGGAGGAUCUCUCACCAUAAGUUUACUUUGCCCUUUACGGGAGAUGAGAUUCAGCCUCCGCCGAGAGACGACCAGGAGAACUGGGGAGGAAACUUUGUGAGCACUCUGUGAAAUCUGCUGAAUUCAGGAUUAUCUGCGGGCCAUGGACGGUUUCGUCUAGGUGGAGUCUUUUUUUCUUCUCUCGGGUUGUGCGCCUGCAGCAGAGCGGACCGCACAGUGCGACUCCAGGCGGCUCUGAAGGAAACCAUAUCUGGUCAAAGUAUUCGUUGCUGUCACCCAGCGGGACCGUUCGGCUAUAAAUAGCACUGGAGGAGGUCUCUCUCUUUCCCAGGAGCGCUGCUACAGGCACUUGGUUGCCUUUGCUGUUAUUUUACCCCUGAGCUGGGGGGUCAUUGAGGUGUGCUGUCCAACAUGUCGGUGUUGAGGAAGGAGAUGGAGAAGUACAGGGACAUAGACGAGGACGAGCUGCUAAAGAAACUGUCAGAGGAAGAGCUGCAGCGAUUAGAGGAUGAAUUAGAGGAGCUGGAUCCUGAUAAUGCAUUGUUGCCAGCUGGGAUGCGGCAGAAGGACCAGACCAAGAAAUCUCCAACAGGAUUGUUUCAGAGAGACAACCUGCUGGCCCAUCUGGAGAAACAGGCCAAAGAGCAUCCUGACAAAGAAGACCCGGUGCCGUUCACAGGGGAGAAGAGAGGGAAAGCCUGGGUCCCUAAAAAGAUUGUGGACCCCAUCAUGGAGAAUGUGACUCUGGAGCCAGAGCUAGAAGAAGCCCUGGCUAGUGCUUCUGAUGCUGAACUCUGUGAUAUUGCAGCCAUCCUGGGUAUGCACACCCUGAUGAGUAACCAGCAGUACUAUGAGGCCCUGGCCAGCAGUACCAUAGUCAACAAGCAAGGCCUCAACAGUGUGAUCCAGUGUACCCAGUACAAACCAGUCCCUGACGAAGAGCCCAACUCCACUGAUGUAGAAGAGACCCUGUUGAGAAUGAAGAGUAAUGACCCUGACUUGGUGGAGGUUAACCUCAACAACAUUAAGAACAUCCCCAUCAGGACUCUGAAAGCGUACGCUGAGGCUCUGAUGAAGAACACCGUGGUGGAGAGGUUUAGUAUUGUAGGAACCAGGAGCAACGACCCCGUAGCAUUUGCCCUGGCAGAGAUGUUAAAGGUGAACACGACGCUGAAGAGCCUGAACGUUGAGUCCAACUUCAUUACGGGGACUGGAGUCCUGUCCCUCAUAGAGUCACUGCAGAAUAACACCACUCUACACGAGCUCAAGAUAGACAAUCAGAGCCAGCCGUUAGGCAACAAGGUGGAGAUGGAGAUAGCCAGCAUGCUAGAGAAAAACACCACACUGUUGAAGUUUGGAUAUCAUUUCACCCAGCAGGGCCCGCGCCUCCGAGGCUCCAAUGCCAUGAUGAACAACAACGACCUGGCUCGGGUCGUCAGGUCAGAGUCGGACGGCUCCUUCACCCUCACUUUGUCUGUCCCUGAGCUGGAGAGAGCCUUUGGGAAAAAGUUCAAGUCCAAGACUAAUAAGAAAGAGAAGGCUUGAGGGAGGACCCAUCUUCCCUAAGUGUCGGACGAAUGUGUAGAAACCAGGACUACCCUCAACCCUCCCUUCGCCUUCGGCCCCUACCAUCUUUCCAAACCCCGUCCUGUCACCCUCUCCAGCCUCACACCCUCCAAAGGUCUACCCAGAAGACCACACCCACUAAACAGGUUCAACUGUCUCUGAACUCUUUCCUACUUUCCAAACUCUUUUUUAGUAGCUAUUAAAGGAUCCAAUGGGAAUAGUCAGCGGUGUCCUUCCGAGCUUUCAGGGCAUGCAAAAGUGGAGAUUGUGUGCUCAUUUUGUGCUCUGAAGUUUGAAUUUUGACUUGGGUUCCAGACGUAGACAUUUGCUCUAACUCUUUAUACAAACUAACAAGGUGAGGCUUUGUCAUCCUAAUUUCAUUAAUAUCUCCUCAAGUGUCUAGAUUUCUUAAUAAAGGUGUUUGGAAGUCUGGUUUUGACUGAGGGCUUUUUGAAAGGUGACAGAAAUCCCUGUUUCUAUUGAUGAGUUGAAUGAGUUCUAAUUAUUAAUAUAUGCUGUAAAUGAGUUGUGUGUGUUGUCAUUACUGUUGAACCAAAAAGCUUCUGAUGUUGCUUCAAGAUCAACACACAAGGUAUUCUCCACCAAUUAUACACCAAAGCCAAUGUCCCAUUUGAAUUUGAUAGACCUUAUUAAACAUUUUGAGAAUUACUGUGAUCCUGGAUUUUGACCGUAAAUCUGAUGUUAACAACCUUUUUCUUAUUCAGUCUAAACAGUAUUUUAGUUGCUCACAGUCCUUAAGAUAGUAAGGUAUACAGAUUCUUCAGUAUUGAACAGAGGAAUUUAUAAACCUGGCUACUGUGAGAUGUGUCGCUAUAUACAGAAUAUAUUUAUUUGUGACAGGCCUGGGAAAGAGUCAGGGGCCAUUCAAAUACUUAAUAUCUUAGAUUGAUUGUGUUGGAUGGAGUAAUUACCUGUGUAAAAACGUUUUUUGUGAAUCAAAAUUUACACUCUAAUUACACUUGUUGUAGUAUCCAGAAUUCAGACUAGCUGGAAAUAGCAACUGCCGAUUUAAGUUGUAUAGCCUGACAUUAGAUAUUCUAGAAACCCACUGUAAAAUAGUCUAUGAACACUGUGUAAUAUAGAAUUUGUUGUCUACCAUCCUUUAUGUAAGUCAGGCUAUAAUAACCCAAAAUAACUGUGGGUACUUGAAUGGACUUCUGUUACACUUUCAACCGGGUCUGGUUUGGUGAGUGUUUGUGUUUGAUUGUUAUUUUUAUUUACUGGAGCUAAAAUGUGUGAUUUAAUGCAAAAUGGUUGCUACUGUUGACUGUUUGUUACAAGUUUCACAAUAAUGCCUCUAUCCAUGUUUGGAUUAUUUCAGUUAGGAUGGUAGAGAGAUUUAAAAAAACAAAGGAAACCUCUAAUGUCUUCACAGCUGUCAGAUUACAAAAUUCAAAAAUCCAUUGUAUUUAAAUAAAACAAAUGUUAAUAGACUAUUUGCAGUUUCAAAAUGCUUCUUAGCUGUGACAGGUCUCAAAUCAGCAUUGCAACAUCUGAAAUAUGGUAUUUCACUCUGAUACUGGAUGCACCCUAAAGAGUUCACAAUGGAAAUGUUCUUCUCAUCAGGGCCAAAACAUGUCUGUGAAUACAUGAUUAUGUCCUUGUU